AUGGUGACAGGCUCUCCUGAAACACCUCAGUUAGCAAGAACUGGGCUAUAUGACCUCCAUAUCGAGAAAGGGGCUCAGAUGGUUCCAUUCGGAGGCUACUCCAUGCCGUUAUUGUAUGGUAAAGUGGGACAAGUUGCGUCACACAACCAUGUGAGGAAUAGCGUAGGACUAUUUGACGUGGGACAUAUGGUGCAGAGCUUCGUCGAGGGUCCUACCGCCACCGAAUUUAUGGAGUGGCUAACUCCUUCAGGACUUUCGAAUCUUGAGCCUUUCAGCUCUACUCUUUCUGUUUUUCUUAAUGAGAAAGGGGGCAUAAUUGACGACACUAUUAUUUGCAAACAUGCAUCGGAUCGUUAUUAUGUCGUGACGAAUGCGGCCUGCCGCGACAAGGAUAUUAACUGGAUUCAAGGGAGAAUCGCUGAAUGGAACAAGACCCAUGCGAAUCAUGCGCCCGUUACAUUUAAGGUGCUUAGCGACCAGGGCCUUGUUGCUUUACAGGGUCCUAAGGCCGCCGAGCAUCUCCAGAAGCUCACGGAUUAUAAUCUCCCAUCCCUUGUCUUUGGCAAGUCUGCAUACAUGAAGAUUGCUGGCGUCGAGUGUCAUGUUGCGCGUGGAGGAUACACUGGAGAAGACGGUUUCGAGAUCAGUAUACCUGGCGAGCAUACUGUGGCAAUUACUGAAUUGAUUUCAUCCGAUCCAGUGCAGCUUGCUGGUCUCGCGGCACGGGAUAGUUUGCGCCUGGAAGCGGGAAUGUGUUUGUACGGACACGAUUUGGACGAAAGUACAUCACCCAUUGAGGGCAAUCUUAAUUGGGUGGUUGCUAAGGAACGACGCAAAUCUGGGGGUUUCAUCGGAUACGAGAAAGUGGCUGACCAUCUCAAUAACGGAAUUUCUCGCAAGAGAAUUGGACUAAUUGUCGAACAGGCACCAGCUCGAGAGGGUGUCAAGAUCCUUCAUCCUGAAACGGGGACAGAGAUUGGCUUUGUUACCUCAGGUAUACCCUCGCCAACCACGGGCAAGAACAUUGCAAUGGGUUACAUCCAGACAAAAGACAAUUUGCAUAAAAAGGACUCUCAGGUCCAGGUGCUCGUCAGGGGGAAACCCCGACCUGCGACGGUGACACUAAUGCCAUUCGUCAAGACACGGUAUUGGAGAGGCAUCGCUUGA